AUGUCGAUGCAAUGGGAGAAAACUCUCGUGAAUAGACUUAGCGCCUCGGCAACUUCCAUUCUGCAGUUGGGCGCCCAGAUGCUAACAUCUGGUGAUGAAAGCGAUGAGUCCUUUACCGUGGAUGACCUCUUGCCUCACUCCGUCCAUCAGAAAAGAGGCCGGGGAUUCACGCCUACCACUGGCAAAAAAGUGCUUACAGAUGAUGCAAAACUGGACUCUUCCAAUUACGCGGCACGCCUCAACGACAUUCUCGCAGGGGAUGACGAGGAAGGAGGUAUGACGUGGGGUGACAUUGGACUUUUAGGGGAUGACGAGGAGGAUGAAGUUGAUGAUAAUGAAGAAUUCCUUUAUACUGGGAAAGACGCCCCAGUAGUGGUCGGCUAUGAUGCUCAACUCGCCGAUGUCCUAGAUGAACCGCAGCCACCCGCUCAGGAAAGUCAUCCACACCUAGAUGUUUCCACGGGCUCUGAAAAGAUGGGAGAUCAUGUUUUUAAGGAGGGAUUCGAGUACAAUCAUUAUCAAGAUGAGGUUCUGUCCGAGAGGGACUCGCCAGUACCUGAAAUUGUGGUGGGAGGGUCGAAAACGCCGAUACGGGCUUUAUCAUCUUCUCUCAACGAUUCCCCGUCCCCCCUUCGACCGCCUUUUCUUCAUCCGACUGUGUCUCGUCUACGUUCCUUCUUACCCCAGCACCAACCCCGUAACCCAUCAUCAUCCACCGCCAACACAUUUCGUACGAACGGUUUCUCGCCUGAUCCAUCUUAUUUUUCUGCAAUUUCUCGUGCUUCCUCUCUCUCUGGGCAUUUCGACUCAUCUGAUAAGGACGACCGCGAAGCGGACUCUCCUGACCCUCCUGCGUUGAAUGUGUUGGACAAGAGAGAUGUAUUCAAGUGGACUCCAUUGCGAACUAUUAGUGUUCAAAUAUUCUCUACUGCACCCAAGGCAGCAGCGAUUUUGGACUCACACAUGGGGAAACCUACAGUUAUUUUAGCUCAGGGAAUCAUUUGCAUUGGGACGGAGACAGGGAGGACAUUUGUAUUCGACUUUCGGCAACAGCUAAAGUGCAUAUGCAGCUCCGAAAGCACGAGUCCUGUUUCCGCCCUUGCUUUGUCCUUUGAUCACACAUUCCUCGCUGUUGGGCAUUCCCAAGGCGAUAUCACCUUGUUCGACUUAUCUCGACCUCAAAGCCCCGCGCGAUUUGUUGCCCCAACCGACUUAGUGUCAGUAGCUUCGGGAAGAAGGGAGGGUCAUCUACGAGGGUCGAAAGUUAUCCGGAUAGGAUUUGUUAGUACUCGACAUACUGCGUUCGUCUCUGCGGACGAUUCUGGAUUGGCGUUUUAUCACAGCUUGGGAAAAGUCCUCUUCGUAGAAGCCAAUGACGUACUCAGGAUACUCGGAAAGUAUCCAGAUGAAACUAGCCCAUUGGAUCGUUCGCCUUCGUUUUCUACCACAUCACUUCCAUCUCGGGACCCACCUCGAAUCGAAGCAUCAGCCCCCCGCUUAUCACCGCCUGCUACCGGCACUAGGGAGCGUAAUCGUAAAGCUGGCACGAUUUUAGACAUGGAACCGCUACCCUCAUCAUCCUCAACGCAUCCAAUUGACGCAUUUCAGGUCAUUGCUCUACUUACUCCCGUAAAAUUAGUUAUUGUUGGGCUAAGGCCGUCUCCCAGAACGUGGUUCCGACGACAUAGGGCAGGACAGGAUGGUGAAGGGCCACAGUCGAUGUGGCGGGGCUGUAUGGCCUGGUUCCCCAGCGUGUCCUUGAAUGGGGACAAGGAGUCAGAUUCCCCGUCGAAAGGUGGAAAGCGGGCCGUGUCGCCCGAUGUCCUGACCAUUCCUAUACUUGCCUACUCGUGGGGCCGAAGUCUGAUGUUCUUACGCGUCAGGGCGGAACGGACCAUACCUCGCUCAGAAUCCACCGAUGCGCGAACUAAAGGCGGAAGAAAGUCAACGACUUCCGGCAAAAAGGCAUCUUCUAAUCCUUCUUAUCGUUUGGUGUUUGAGGAUGCUGGUGAGAUCACUGUAGAGAAUGAUAUCCUUUCUCUACAUUGGUUGAAUUUGGAUCAAAUUGUGGUGAUUACCAGGAAAUUCUAUGAGGUAUAUGGAGUUCGAACGUUGCAAUUUGUCGAUAGGACUCCACUUGAUAUUUCAUCGAUUUCAUCAACCCUUUUAUCAGCUCCCAAUUGUCCAUUCCCACAAAUACCACAGCCAGAUGAGCCAGGCGACACUCUUCGGCUAAGCUUUGACACUUACAAGGGGAAAAUCUUUGAAUUGGCUGCCAAUGAAGUGAGAGUUGGUACGUUGUUGACUUGGGCGGAUCGGAUUCUGGCUUUCGUUCAAUCCGGGGACUUCCUUAGCGCUAUUGAGGUGGCGCGUUUGUAUUACGUCGGAGAAGCACCCGGGAAUCAAGCAGGUCUGCCCGAAGACUCAGAUUUUAGAAGGGAAACUAUUGGUGGGAAAUUGCGAGAUCUGAUGAUUGCUUCAUCCCGUUACGUUUUCUCCGACAAUCGCCUCACCGAUGACACUCACCGAGCUCCGGACAACCGCGGUGUGGAUCGCACUUCGCUGUUUGAAGGCCUCGUAAGGACUUGCACCAGGGCCAGUAUGGCUCUCAACGAUUUCGAUUUCUUGUUCGAAGACCUCUAUGAUAUGUACCAAUCACACGGUAUCGAGGCCAUUUUCCUCGUCCAGUUCCAGCCAUUCCUUCUACAGAGCGAGGUGCGUUUGGUUCCCCCAAGACUUGCGCAGGGACUCGUGGCCUAUUACGAAGGGAAACAUGCCUUUGAUGUCGUCGAACAAUUGAUUUGGCACAUCGAUCCGGCUUGUCUCGACAUCCACCAAGCGCUUCGAAUAUGCGAGGAACGUUCACUGUUUGACGCAUUGAUACAUGUAUACACUCGUGCUUUGCGUGACUACGUAUCACCGAUCGUCAGGCUCAUUUCGCUAAUCCGCACCAUCCAGCGAACCAGGAGGGAAAGGCUGACUCGUAUUCAAGGUUCGGACCCAGACACAUCGACUCUCGAGGAGGCUCCGGUCGAGUCACUUGUACCCCAUGCUUACAAGGUCUUUCCAUAUAUCGGGAAUUCUCUAUGUGGUCAAUCAUUUCCCAGUGGGGAGCUUCUCACUGAGGAUGAAGCAGCUUCCGCGAAACGCAGUAUUCUUCAGUUCCUUUUUCUUGGACGGUCGACUCUAUGGCAAGGCAGGCUUAUCUUGACGGCUGACAUGGACGAUGGUCCAGAGCCGACAUAUCCGUACCUCCGCAUGCUUCUACGGUUCGAUGCUGAGGCAAUGCUUCAUGCCCUUGACCUUGCCCUUGAGGACUCUGACUUGAACGAAAAUCUCCACGAUAUUGAUAGACAGACAAUAUUAAACGUGCUCUUCGAACUUAUGGAUGCUUAUGAGCUGACCUCGAAUGAUGUCACCUUCAUACGUAUCUUUGUGGCGCGUAAUGCGCCCAAGUACCCCCAAUUCAUCAAGCUUGCCGAUAAUCAGAGUCGAUCUUUACUUAGUGGCCUUGCGGGCGAUAACGAUCAAAGUACGCGCGAAGACCGCCAGCUGGCAGCAGAGUGCCUGCUGUCAAUAUAUCCUCUUGGACAGGAUGAUCCAAUGUUACGACAAUUCUUGCGAGCCGGCUUUUAUCGUAUUCUUCGCAACUGGAGCAUGCAAGAAUCGAAGUGGGCGGACCUCAUCUUGUAUUACUCACAAGAUCCUGAGUGCGGGGUUGAUGAUGUAUUUGAAGGUGUCAAGAGUUCGCUGGAGCAUGCAACAUGUGGUCCUAGUGGCAUUUCUUCCGAUAUCAUAGAGUCAAUGAAGUUCGCGCUCCCUUCACUGCUUGAGGUUGAUUUGGGUCGUGCAGCGCAACUCGUCGACAACUGGGUGCCAACCCUUCACGAACAAGCAGCCCAAGCCCUUGAUGAAGAAAAGGCGUUGUUUUACCUUCGUUCACUCAUUCAUCCCUUUCACGAAGAAUCGCAUUUGGGAUCUCCUGAAACCUCUCCCCCCUCUUCGCUGCAGUCUUCCUUACGCCAUCGAUAUGUAGAGCUUCUGUGCGCCCAUGAUCCGCAAACAGUCCGGUCUGUUCUAGACUCAAUUCCACACGACUACUUCGAUCUUAGGUCAAUAAAGGAGAUAUGUGAAGAAAACGGUGUUUAUGACGCAGUCCUUUGGUCCCUACAUUUAAGUGGAGAUAUUUUGGGUGUGUUCGAGCAUCUGGACGACUUCACGGCAGUGCUGGCGUCAACCUUGGUCGCAUCCGCAGCCAGCAAGGGUGACGGGGAUGUUGAAGGUCCCGUAGAUGAUGCUCUUAAUGAUCUUGCAUCGAUGGGCCGUUUAGUGGUGGACAUGUGUGGUAGCCAAGCACUUGGCGUGGAGCACGCCAACUCCGUGCCCGCUGAGGAGAUGUGGUUUCGAUUAUUGCGUAGUCAGCUGAGUGUGGUACAUGCACUCUCCAACAUUGUGCUUGCGGGGUCGGAUUCUCUCGCCGUAACCAUUGCUCAAGACCUCGAAAGUUUGAUCCUUCGUCGGAUGUUUUCCUUGGUUCAGGAGACCUUCUCUUCUUUGGUUCAGAAAUCAUCUUCAAAUAAACUUUCAUUUUCUCGUCUGUUUAAGCGGUUGGUGGAAGCAACGGCUGACGGCCACGAUCCGCACGAUCCCACAUACACUGAAUUCCGUCUCAUUUUGGACGGAAUGUUGGCGUCAUAUCGUGCUGAAAGUGAUGUUCUCGCCAUCACUAAACGUUUAGUCGAGCGCGACCUUUUUGAGGACGUUAGGGCGUACACUGCUGCCCGCAGACGUGGCACCCGUUCUCGUUGUUCAUGA